AAACCUGACAGGCAUCAGUGUUUGCUGUUUCGAAAAUGAAACUGGCGAGUGUUCGAGUUCAGCGGGGAAGUCGGAGAAAUCGAAAAUAGGACCAAAUUAUUUAUAGAAAUCUCCGGGACCUUUGAAUCCAGAUUGACCCAGGGGGAGCAGAGGAACCGGUCGGUUCGAGCUUCAUGCUGCGGGACCACAAAGGUGGUAAUUUGGGGAAAGCCAGCAGGAAAUGUGGCCCCACUCCCUCCAAUAGCAGGAUGGGUUGCACUGCUCUGAUAAGGAUUUUGUAGCAGUGGCUGCUUUGUGAGACUGAAGCUGCUGUCGCCAUGGCGCACUUUGAUACGGAGUACCAGCGUCUGGAGGCGUCCUACAGCGACUCUCCUCCCGGAGAGGAGAACCUGCUGAUGCAUGUCGCAGAAGGAGCCAAAUCUCAGUGGCACCAUAUCGAGAACCUGGAUCUGUUUUUCCAGAGAGUCUAUAACCUGCAUCAGAAAAAUGGAUUUACCUGCAUGCUGUUGGGAGAGCUCUUUGAGUUGGUUCAGUUGCUGUUUGUGGUCUGCUUCACCGUGUUCCUUGCCAACUGUGUGGAUUAUGACGUCCUCUUUGCCAACAAGUUUGUAAACCACACUGAUUCUUCCAAAGUCACUUUGCCGGACGCAUUGAUUCCUAUGGAUGUUUGCAGUAAACGUAUUCGAGAUAAUGGAUUUGUCAUCUUUGUCCUGAUCAUCUCCGGGGUGUUUUGGCUCCAUCGCCUGGUCAAAUUCCUCUACAACGUUUGCUGUUACUGGGAGAUCCGAUCCUUUUACAAAAACGCCCUCAAGAUGUCAAUGUCAGAGCUUCCCUAUGCAACAUGGCAGGAAGUUCAGGCCAGGAUCAUAGAGAUCCAGAAGGAGCACCAGAUCUGCAUUCACAAGAAGGAACUGACGGAGCUUGACAUUUAUCAUCGCAUCCUCCGCUUUAAAAACUACAUGGUUGCCAUGGUGAAUAAAUCCCUUCUGCCUGUACGGUUUCGACUUCCUGUCCUUGGAGAAGUUGUGUUUUUCACUCGGGGUCUCAAAUACAACUUUGAGCUCAUCUUCUUUUGGGGGCCAGGCUCACUAUUUGAGAACGAGUGGAGUUUAAAGUCAGAAUAUAAGAGAGGAGGAAACAGGCUUGAGCUCGCUGACAGGCUGGCGUCCCGGAUUCUGUGGAUUGGAAUUGCCAAUCUGCUUCUGUGUCCAGUCAUUUUGGUUUGGCAAAUUCUUUAUGCUUUCUUCAGCUACACUGAGGUGAUCAAGCGAGAGCCCGGUUCUCUCGGGGCAAGGUGUUGGUCCCUUUAUGGACGGUGUUACUUGCGUCAUUUUAACGAGCUGGACCACGAGCUCAUGUCACGCCUUAGUAAAGGCUACAAGGCUUCAUCCAAGUACAUGAAUUGUUUUCUUUCCCCGCUGCUGACAGUUGUGGCCAAAAAUGUUGCGUUUUUUGCUGGGUCUCUUCUGGCUGUUCUCAUUGCUCUGACAAUCUACGAUGAGGAUGUUCUUGCAGUAGAGCAUGUUCUGUCGUCCAUUACUCUGCUUGGCGUCUGUAUCACCAUUUGUAGGUCUUUUAUCCCAGAUAAGCACAUGGUGUUCUGUCCAGAGCAGCUGCUGCGGGUCAUCCUGGCUCAUAUUCACUAUAUGCCCGACCACUGGCAGGGCAACGCGCACAGAUAUGAGACACGAGACCAGUUCUCACAGCUCUUCCAGUACAAGGCAGUGUUUAUUUUAGAAGAGCUGCUAAGUCCUGUGGUGACUCCCAUCAUCCUCAUCUUCUCCCUGAGGAGGAAAUCCCUGGAGAUCAUUGAUUUCUUCAGGAACUUCACUGUAGAAGUUGUCGGAGUCGGAGACACUUGCUCCUUCGCUCAGAUGGACAUCCGGCAGCAUGGACAUCCUGCGUGGAUGUCAGAGGGAAAGACAGAGGCUUCUAUCUACCAACAGGCAGAGGAUGGAAAAACAGAGUUAUCGCUGAUGCACUUUGCCAUCACCAACCCACACUGGCAGCCUCCUCAGGAGACCACACACUUCAUUAGCCAGCUGAAAGAGCGAGUUCACAGAGAGGCUGCAGGGGCUCCCUCUGAAACACAUCCGCUCUCCCUGUCAGAGUCUGAACCAAGGAGCCUCGUAGCAAACCUCUUAGCAGGGCCCUCCACUCUGGCCUCAGUUCAUUUUGGUCGCGACAGCUCUUUGAUCAAUGCAGCAGCUGGCUUAAGUGAUGGAGCAUCUGCCUUGCGCUCCCUUUCUCCAGUCAGCAGCAGUCUUCAUUUGAGAGGCAGUCUGAGUAUGGCACAAAGAGCUAGUGGCUUCACAGCCAAAGCAAUGAGUGGUUCCGGAACUGAUGCUCGCACUGUAAGCUCUGGGAGCAGUGCAUGGGAGGGCCAGCUUACUAGCAUGGUUUUAUCAGAGUACGCCUCUACUGAGAUGAGCAUCCACGCACUUUACAUACACGAGCUCCACAAACAACAGUCUCGGGGUGAGCUGUCCCGCCACACGUGGCACAGACGCGAGAGCGACGAAAGCAGCGACAGCAUCCCAGACGAAGUAAGAAGCGACCACAAUCCUCAGUCUAAGACUUUCCCGCGCUCGCACACUUUCCCCACUGUGGUCUCCAGCCCAAAUGCCACUUCAGCUAGCAGCAGUAAUUCUAAGGGCCAAGAAGAGGAAAAAUCACAGAGUCAGCGGCGCCACAGUGGACCUGCCACAGAUCAUUUAAGCGCUGCAGGAAGGGCAGUAAGGGUGGCUCGUGUGCCUAUGGGUGGGUGGGCAGAGGAUGGUCAAGCAGCACCAAGACACCACGAGUCUGUACCUGAGGAGAGUUCUGAGGAUGAAAUGCCUCCUCACAUCCACAAGGUUACGUAAUCCAGCCGUUUGGGGCACUCCGUUAAUCAUCCACACUCUAUUCCAAAUGUUUCCAGAACUGACAUUUUUUUCUGACAGACAGACAUGUGCAGGGGGGAUUGUCUGCAAUCCUUCAAAAACUCAAGUGGGGUAGCCAUCUGGAAAAGAUUUUGCCGGAUUUGAAAAUGCAGUUAGCCCAUGUAAUGAUAUCCAUUUUCAUAUCAGCUCAAUUUAUUACAGCAAUUAAGGUGGCAGAAAAAAACAUUUUAACAAAUAACUUAAACAGAAAUCAUGGAGCUUCUAGAAUUGAUGGUACUCAAAACGUGUCUUUUUUAUCAUCUUGUAUAAAAAUGUUCUCAAUCUAAAUAGGGACUGUUUAUUUUACAAUAUGUGCUCUGUACUUUCUUUUUUUUCAAACAUUUUUGGAUAUUUACUGGUAUUAAAUUUAAAUGACCUUUGAAAUUGUUGCUGGACUAGUAAAUAUUCUUAAUUGAUUCAUUUUGCUCCAAAUCCAAUGGUGCAGAUGGAUCCUUAUAUAAAAGAUAACUUUCAAAAAUGUUUUUUUUUAAUAUCAAUGAAAUAGCAAAUCAUUGAUCUAAUAAGAUUCCCUCAUCUGUUAGCCUACAUUCUGUAUCCUAUGGUCAGAGAAUUUUAUUUUUAACAGACAUGAAAUUAUUGACGCUUAACAUUUAUUCCUUUUCAAAUGACUUUUAUCGGGUUUUGUUUAGAGGUAUUUUUAAGCAUGUAAUUUUGAAGAUUUUGCCUCUAAAGCAACUGCAAUUCCAAGUGCAUGAAUGUCUUCUCAUUGAAAGGGCCACCUCACUUUUCACCUCUUGUACACCACGUCAGCUUUUAUUUUUAUUUAAGCAAAUUUACAUUAAUGGAGGUUAUUGAAGAAUUAAGCACUUUAAUUAUUUGUAAAUCAAGAGGAUGCGACUUUACAUUGUAUAUUUUCAAAUACAUAUUUUUAAGUUAUUUCAACCUUAAAAAAGGAGUGCCAUGAUACCUGACAGCUGUGAGUAAAGUAAACCGGGACAGAAAUAGGGAAAUGUUUGUGCACUCUUGUAAAGGGAUGUAAAGGAUAGGGAUGCACUGAUUAUUUUUGUUUUGUUAUUAUUGUUUUAUAAAUCCUGUAUAAUACCAUUUUGUACAAUUCAUCUAUUAAAUGCACUGCAACUAUU